AUGGCGCCCUCAGCAGGCUCUACCACGACGAUGGUAUCCGUCCCUCCCCGUGAGGGCGCGGGCCCAGAUCUGGAAUCGCUCAUCGUCUACGAUGCCAAGCUGACCAUCGCGGACCGGAUGAUCCUAAAAAGUCUGGCGCAAGAUAUUCGGGAGGCGCAUCUCGGUGCCCCACAAUCAAACGGCCAUGUGUCAAAGGAUGACGGUGCCCGGCACCGUGCCUCCAAGGAGCGUGCCGGUGACGAGCCGGAAGAAGCAACGGCCGUCCGAAAAAGAGAAGAGAAAGUGCAAGCUGCCAUCGAUGGCCUGAACAACCCAGAGCACCCUGACUUUGAGACCAGCGUCAUCUGUACCACCGACCUGCGGGACAUGCAGCUGCCGCCCGUCAUUGACCGCUACUUGCUUCAGCCAUACGUCCGCGUGGCUCAGUCUAUAGUCCGCCACAAGACGGACGUGAUCAUGCUGACUCAUCUCAUCCUCUACUUCACCACCCUGGUGCCCAGCGCCAUCCUGCUGUUCAGGCACUUCACCUGGUACCACGGCGUCAUCCACAUGCUGAUGCAGGGCUACUAUGUCGGCACGUACACCCUCAUGCGCCACCAGCACAUCCACAUGCGCGGCGUGCUCAACAAGCGGUUCGGUUUCUUUGACCACACCUUCCCUUACAUACUAGACCCCCUGAUGGGCCAUACCUGGAACUCGUACUUCUACCAUCACGUCAAGCACCACCACGUCGAGGGCAACGGGCCGGACGACCUGUCCUCGACGCUGCGGUACCAGCGCGACGAGCUGCUCCACUUCAUGCACUACGUCGGCCGCUUCUGGUUCCUGAUCUGGUUUGACCUGCCCCUCUACUUCUGGCGCAAGCGGAGGUACGUGACGGGCCUGAAGGCCGUGUCGUGGGAGUUUGGGAGCUACGGCAUGAUGUACCUGAUGUGGACCAAGGUCGACGCCAGAGCCGCCUUCUGCGCGCUCAUCCUGCCCUUCGCCCUGCUGAGGAUCGGCCUGAUGGUCGGCAACUGGGGCCAGCACGCCUUUGUGGACAACGAGGACCCGGACUCGGACUAUCGGUCGAGCAUCACGCUGAUCGAUGUCGCGAGCAACCGUUUCUGCUACAACGACGGGUACCACACCUCGCACCACCUCAACCCCCUCCGCCACUGGCGCGAGCACCCCAACUCGUUCAUGCGCAGCAAGGACACCUACGCUUCGCAGCACGCGCUGGUCUUCCACAACAUCGACUACAUCAUGAUCACCGUGCGGCUCAUGAUGAAGGACUACAUGACCCUGGCCAAGUGCCUCGUACCCAUCGGAGACCAGAUCCACCUGACGCUCGAGGAGCGAGCCGAGAUGCUCAAGAAGCAUACUCGGCGUUUCACCGAAGAGGAGAUCGCGGAGAAGUUCAAGCACAAGGCAUAG